AUGAGCAAGGAGGAAAGUGAUAUCGAUUUUUCUUCUGAUGAAGAGGAAACCAACAAUGUUUUGAUUGGGUCAAAGAAGAAGGUUUCUCUGGAGAAGGAUGUGUUUAAUAAACAAGAUGAUGAAGAGGAUAAUGCCGAGGAGGAGGAAGGGGAAAGAGAAGAUGAACAAGGAUCUGGCUCACCUGAGGAGGAUAAAAUAAGUGAAGAAAAGCCAAAGGAGAAAGUGGAAAGUACAGAAGAGAAGACUUUACGAUUGAAGAAGAAACUAGAAAAAAUGAAAAAUUUAAAGAAACAAAAUCAUAAGACUGGGGUCGUUUAUCUAUCUAGAAUCCCUCCCUAUAUGAAGCCGGCAAAGAUGAGACAGAUUCUUUCCAAGUUUGGAGAAAUCGACAGACUUUUCCUAAAGAGAGAAAAUGAUCAAAAACAUACAAGAAGAAUAAAGGGUGGUGGUAAUAAAAAGGCAAUGUAUGAAGAAGGUUGGGGUGAAUUUAUAAGGAAAAGAGAUGCAAAACUCUGCGCUAUGACUUUGAAUGGGAACAUCAUUGGUGGUAAGAAGGGAACUUUCUACCAUGAUGAUAUAUUGAACGUUAAAUAUUUGCCCGGUUUCAAGUGGGCUGAUUUGACUGAGCAAAUUGCUAGAGAAAAUGAUAUUAGACAAUCUAAAUUGGAGAUGGAAAUUUCUCAAGCCAAUAAAUUAAAUGCAGAAUUUAUUAGAAAUGUAGAACAAUCAAAGAUGCUUCAUAACAUGAAGAAAUCGAAAAAGAGAAACAAUGAUGAACAAGUGGAGGAGGAGACUCAUUUAAGAGAUUUCAAACAACGUAAAGUGACAUCCAGCAGAGCUAACGCACCAAAGGAACAGAAACAAGCCUCGGAUCCGGCAAAGAAGCUAGGAAACGUCCUAAGCAACCUAUUAUAG